GUUAGAAAAUGCAUGACGAUGAAUGCAUGCAAGCUCAAAUCAUUUUUCAUUCCAGUUGGAGAAAAGUGCUGCGCUCUUCCGCCCGAAAUUAAUAGUUGCUGGUGCAAGUGCUUACGCACGCCUUUAUGAUUAUGCACGCAUUCGCAAGGUCUGUGACAAGCAGAAAGCUGUCCUGUUGGCAGAUAUGACUCACAUCAGUGGGUUGGUUGCAGCAGGUGUUAUCCCAUCUCCAUUUGAUUAUGUAGAUGUUGUGACAACAACUACUCACAAAUCCCUUCGUGGGCCACGUGGGGCCAUGAUCUUUUUCAGGAAGGGGUUAAAAGAGAUUAACAAAAAAGGGGAAGAGCUAGACUAG